UGGGUGUUACACCAGCACUCUUCUUCGCUCCCUGCAGCCAUCGCCGCCACUGCCCUCCCGUUCCUCUCCCUUCAGCAAGCUCGCCGCCGUCGCUGCUCUCCCAUCAGGCGCCGUCGGCGGUGCAGGACGCCGCUGGCGUCUUGGGAUUCAGCAGCAGCAGGAGGAGGGCCAACGGAUCUAGGAGGGGGAGCACCCGCACCUCGUCAGCCGCCGCCGACGCGAGGAGGGAGACCGUGGAUGGAGAUUGCGCGGUCCGCCGCCGCCGUGGGCUGAGGAGCACCAGAGGAUCUACACCGACUGGUUCGUCCUCGCCGAUCCAGAUGGAGACGGGCGCGUCACGGGCGCCAAUGCCACCAAGUUCUUGGCCAUGUCCGGCCUCUCCCUCGCGGACCUCAAGCAGGUCAGUGAACCGUCCGCCGAUACCUCGAGAUGCCAUUGCUAAAUGGGGGCUCCCCUCCCCAUCCAUGCCGCCACCAAGGCAUGUGCCGAGGUUGUAAUGGAAGCUGUUAUUAAGCUGCAUAAUAUCCAACACAAGGGGGUUGCAGACUUGGUGACAGAAGACAACCCCUUGCUGUCGCUCUCCUUCUCAUCCACGCCCCUUGCUGAUGCUGCCCUCCUUCUCAUUGGUGGCCUCAUCUUCCUCCUCCCCAUCGGCGGUUGCGACCAAGCCAUCACCAAAGGCCCCCCCAACAGAAAGUGGUUUGUUGUGUUCCGCCUCGUCCUGGCCUUCGUCCGUUUUGUGCUCAACAUGGUCUUCCUACGUAGGCUGAGUCCACGGACCUGCAGGUAUAGAAAACUCAAGACCAGAAAACUACAAAGGAAUACAAUUGAUUGUACAGUACCAGCCUAUGGGGUUGUAAAACAGACGAAGAGAAGCAUGCGCGGCGUUCGAAGCGUAGGUGUGAAAAGCUUUGUUACCGACGAGACUGUAAUGGUUCUUGAUACUAUGUUGGAUCAUCUUGGAAUUCCUAGAGCUAUUUACCGGAGAAGGAUGUACUCACAGAACACAUUGACUGUCAAUGUGCUUUUCUACUGGAGAAAGAUGCACGCAUUUGAGUAUUUCUGUUAGCCAUGUUGGUAAACAAAUGUUUAUUGUAUCCUUACAAUGUUUAUUUCCACCAGCAAAACACUACUGAUCGGCGAUUGGAGCUAUGCUUCCAGCGGUAUCACUUGCCAUGAUGAGCUACACCAUUGAUUCAUUUUGUGUACUUAUCAAGGAUGCUAUCGGAUUUUGUCACUUGCCUUUUGUAUGCCUUGCUUUCUGUACUGUACUGUCCAACUGCCCUGUAAUGUCCUACUUGGUUUUCGGGCAUUUCUUUGUAAACGACUUGUGCUAAUUAUUACCAAUGGUCUUUAGAUU